AGCUAGCUAGCUCGGUCUGUCUUGUGACUCGUCUUUCUCUUGCCUCCGAGCUACGACGACUCACCGGCAAAUCAAAACGACAUCGCAGUAAUUUGUUCCGAAAGCUUAGGGCCUCCCCUCCGCUUCUGUUCACUUCCCGUCUAAAUCUUCGUCUUCAACAACAAUGAUCCGAUUCAUAUUGUUACAGAACCGCCAGGGAAAGACCCGUUUAGCUAAGUACUAUGUUCCUCUCGAGGACUCCGAGAAACACAAGGUCGAGUACGAGGUUCAUCGUUUGGUUGUUAACAGAGAUCCCAAGUUCACCAAUUUCGUUGAGUUCCGUACACACAAGGUGAUCUACAGGCGAUAUGCAGGGUUGUUUUUCUCACUGUGUGUUGAUAUAACUGAUAAUGAGCUGGCCUAUUUGGAAUGCAUUCAUCUAUUCGUCGAGAUUUUGGAUCAUUUCUUCAGCAACGUAUGCGAGCUUGAUUUGGUAUUCAAUUUCCACAAGGUGUAUCUGAUACUUGACGAGUUCAUUCUUGCUGGAGAGCUCCAAGAAACAAGCAAGAAGGCAAUAAUAGAGAGAAUGGGUGAACUGGAAAAGCUGGAGUGAAGUUUGUAUUUAACACUGUCAAGACGAGAAUUUUUUUGUAUUUUGCAACAUGUUUCUAUCUGUCUGCUGAUCGUAUCAAUUAAUAUUUGCGUACUACCAUUCCUUCUGUCAAUUCUUCUUGUAUAAUGAAAGUUAUUGAACUAGAAUGUUUCUCUUUUUCUCAUCUCCUU